CUCCUCCUCUUCCUCGACGAGGAGAGCGCCUUCUGGUGCCUCCCCGCCCUCGUCGAGCGGCUGGUGCCGGCCUCCUUUCUCUCGCCGCGCCUGCUCGGCUUGCGCGCCGAGCUGCGCGUCUUUGGGGAGCUGCUCGAGCGGCGGCUUCCUCGCCUCGCGGCCCACCUCGCCGAGCACCACGUGCUGCCCGAGCUGUACGCCACUCGCUGGUUCAUCGCCGCCUUCGCCUCCUCCCUCCCCAUCGCCACCACGCUCCGCGUCUGGGACUGCCUCCUCUGCGAGGGAGUCAAGGUGCUGCACCGCGUCGGCCUCGCCCUCCUCCAGAUCUCGGAGGCGCGGCUGCUCUGCUGCACCGAGCAGCACGCGCUGCUGCUCGUGCUGCAGGAGGAGGAGGGCCGAUGCCACGACAUCGGCCGCCUCUUCGCGCUCGCCUUCGACACGCGCCUCUUCAUCGGCCCCUUCCCGCGCUCCCUCCUCUCCGAGCUGCGCACGCAUCACCUCGCCGCCCUCGCCUCGGGCGCCGCGCCGCCCGCGCCGGGCGAGCCGCACGACGACGGCGACGCGGAGCCGCUCACGCUCGCGCCGCCGGGGGCGUGCCGGCCGGGCGCGGCGACCAACAGCGGGCUGGGCGAGAGCUCGAGCGACGAGGCGGAGGAGCGGCGGCCGGACCCGUUCGAGAUGCUCUCUCUCGACGACGUGGCCGCACCGCCGCGCCGGCAGUAG